CCCGCUGAGAGACAACAUGCUGCGACGGUGUGUAAUAUUGCUGCUUCUUGCCUUUGCGGGUCUUUCUCUUGCAGCUCCAGUCCCAGAUGAAACAGCAGCUGAUGAGAGAACUGACCCGCUGCUGGAUCCCCUGAACAAAGUAGCUGCUGGGAACACAACCUCUCAAGAAGGAACUCAAGAGUCAUCCGAGUCAGCUGAGUCUGCUGAAACUCAAGAAUCUUUUGACAGCGACUCUGAACAAGAGUCAUCCCAGUCAGCCGAGUCUGCUGAAACUCAAGAAACCAAUGAGAAGGCAGCUGAAAGCACCGGCACUGAUGUCAGCUCAGUGGAAAAGCUGAAUCCUGCCACGGGCGCCAACUCUAAAGGACUUGGUUCUAAUGACACCGCUGGCCCUGUCACUGACACUAACACUAACAAAUCGCGGCCAGAUGAUGAUCCUAAGAUACCUAAGCCAGUCACUGUCACUGACCCUGACCUUGACUCUGACUCUGACGCUAAUACUGACGAAUCCGGGCCGGAUGAUGACCCUAAGAUAGCUAAGCCCAUCACUGACUCUGACUCUGACUCUGACCCUGACUCUGACGAAUCCGGGCCGGAUGAUGACCCUAAGAUAGCUAGGCCCAUCACUGACUCCGACUCUGACUCUGACCCUGACUCUGACGAAUCCGGGCCGGAUGAUGACCCUAAGAUAGAUAAGCCCGUCACCGACCCUGACCCUGACUCUGACUCUGACCCUGACUCUGAUGAAUCCGGGCCGGAUGAUGACCCUAAGAUAGCUAAGCCCAUCACUGACUCCGACUCUGACGCUGACAGUGACGCUAACUCUGAUGAACCCGGGCCGGAUGAGGACCCUAAGAUAGCUAAGCCCCUCACUGACUCAGACGAAUCCGGGCCAGAUGAAGACCCUAAGAUAGCUAAGGCCCUCGCUGAUUCUGACGAAUCCGGGCCAGAUGAGGACCCUAAGAUAACUAAGCCCCUCACUCACUCUGACGAAUCCGGGCCAGAUGAAGACCCUAAGAUAGCUAAGGCCCUCGCUGAUUCUGACGAAUCCGGGCCAGAUGAAGACCCUAAGAUAACUAAGCCCCUCACUCACUCUGACGAAUCCGGGCCGGAUGAGGACCCUAAGAUAGCUAAGGCCCUCGCUGACUCUGACGAAUCCGGGCCGGAUGAGGACCCUAAGAUAACUAAGCCCCUCACUCACUCUGACGAAUCCGGGCCAGAUGAUGACACUGACUCCGACCUAGGCGCUGAUACUAGUAAUAACUCUAAUGACUCGGGCGCUGAUACAAGCACUGACUCUAAUGACCCGGGCGCUGAUACUAGUACUGACUCUAAUGACUCGGGCGCUGAUACUAGUACUGACUCUAAUGACUCGGGCGCUGAUACUAGUACUGACUCUAAUGACUCGGGCGCUGAUACUAGUACUGACUCUAAUGACUCGGGCGCUGAUACUAGUAAUAACUCUAAUGACUCGGGCGCUGAUACUAGUACUGACUCUAAUGACCCGGGCGCUGAUACUAGUACUGACUCUAAUGACUCGGGCGCUGAUACAAGCACUGACUCUAAUGACUCGGGCGCUGAUACUAGUACUGACUCUAAUGACUCGGGCGCUGAUACUAGUAAUAACUCUAAUGACUCGGGCGCUGAUACUAGUACUGACUCUAAUGACUCGGGCGCUGAUACUAGUACUGACUCUAAUGACUCGGGCGCUGAUACUAGUACUGACUCUAAUGACUCGGGCGCUGAUACUAGUACUGACUCUGAGGUACUUACAGAGAAAGACGACAGAAUGGACGAUAAAGGUCCGGAUGAAGGGGUGUCGCUAGCAGAUGGGGAGGAGGUGAAGGAGGUGAAGGAGAGAGAUGAUAUAGGGGAUAAGGAUCCAAAGGAAUCAGGAGAGGAUGUGAUGGAUGGUGAUGAUACCUCAGAGGGGGAAAUCAAAGAAAAUGACGCCACAGUCGAUGAAACAGAUGGAAAAAAGAGUGACUUAGGCAGUAAGUCUGAUGCAAACACUAGUGAAAAUGAGCCCCCAAAAGAUGACAGCCCUGACCUGUUAGACCCUUCCACCCCAGCCAACGAUGAGGGAAUCCCGGAGCACUCUGUGAACGAGGACACGGAAGGACCAGCUGCUGACCAGCAACUUGUCCAACCUGUGGACUCCACCACCACCGCUGGGAUUUAGAGGCUCGGACUGUGGACUGUGAUGCUCGCCAUCUGCAGAGCCUUGUCUACAGUGUAAUACAGUUGCCAUGACGACAACACCAACAAGCUGAACUGCUACCUUUUGCUUCCUGUUUGUGUAUUCUUCACCGCUCAUUCCUGAUUGGUUGGCUUCAUAGGUGAAACUGUGAUCUAACCUGUCUGUCUGUCUGUCUGCCCGUCUGUCCUCCCGCCUGUCUGUCUGUCUGUCUGUCUGUCUGCCCGUCUGUCUGUCUGUCUGUCUGUCUGUCUGUCUGUCUGUCCGUCUGUCUGUCUGUCUGUCUGUCUGUCUGUCUGUCUGUCUGUCUGUCUGUCUGUCUGUCUGUCUGUCUGUCUGUCUGUCCGUCCUCCCGUCUGUCUGUCUGUAUGUCUGUCCUCCCGUCUGUCUGUUUGUCUGUCUGUAUGUCUGUCCGUCUUCCCGUCCUCCCGUCUGUCUGUCUGUCUGUCUGUCUGUCUGUCUGUCUGUCUGUCUGUCUGUCUGCCUGUCUGUCUGUCUGUCUGCCUGCAGAAACAUUAAACCAGCUGCUGAUCUGAGAUCUGUAUUCGCACUGUAAUGUGUACAUACUGCUAAUAAAUGUUGAACUGA